GGCAACUAUCAGCUUCCUGUUGUUUUGUUGCUUCAUACCUGAAGAGCCAGCAGCUUUUUCUUUAUUAUGAAUGAACAAGAUUAUGAGGAAGGUGGGCCAAGCUCGGGAGAUGGGGUUCCAAGGGAAAGUAGUCCAUUUAUUACCAAUGCUGACAUGGACAAAGGGAUUAUCUAUGAAGGAAAAAACAUGGCUCUCUUUGAGGAAGAAAUGGAUAGCAACCCCAUGGUAUCAUCUCUGCUUAAUAAACUAGCAAACUAUACCAAUCUGACUCAAGGUGUAAUUGAACAUGAAGCAGAUGAAGACAUCAAAAGAAGAGAAAUCAAGGCUCCACGUAUGGGCACUUUCAUUGGUGUGUACUUGCCCUGCCUACAAAACAUUUUAGGAGUUAUCCUUUUCCUGCGUUUGACUUGGAUUGUUGGAACAGCUGGGGUCCUUGAAUCUUUCAUCAUCGUGUUCAUGUGCUGUGCUUGUACUAUGCUAACAGCAAUUUCAAUGAGUGCAAUAGCAACAAAUGGUGUAGUCCCAGCUGGUGGUUCAUACUACAUGAUUUCAAGAUCUUUAGGGCCAGAGUUUGGCGGAGCAGUGGGUCUCUGUUUUUACUUGGGUACAACCUUUGCAGGAGCUAUGUAUAUUCUUGGUACCAUUGAAAUUUUGUUGACAUAUAUUUCUCCUAGUGCUGCUAUAUUUAAAUCUGAAGAUGGUGGAGAAGCAGAGGCCAUGUUAAACAACAUGAGAGUUUAUGGGACGUGCAUUAUUGCACUCAUGGCGAUAGUAGUCUUUGUCGGAGUCAAAUAUGUCAACAAACUUGCACUAGUCUUCCUUGCUUGUGUGAUCCUUUCCAUUAUUGCCAUUUAUGCUGGUGUUAUUAAGACUGCUUUUGACCCACCAGACUUUCGUAUUUGUCUUCUUGGAAACCGUACAUUGUCAAGACGCAACUUUGACACUUGUGCCAAAUUUACUAAAAUAGAUAAUAAAACGGAGACUACGAGGCUGUGGAGACUCUUCUGUGACAGUGCCUUGCUCAAUGCCACAUGUGAUGAAUACUUCAGCUUAAAUAAUGUGACUGAAAUUCAAGGAAUUCCUGGUGUAAGCAGUGGAGUCCUAAUUGAUAACUUGUGGAGUACCUAUUCAGACAAGGGAUCAGUUGUUGAAAAGAGAGAACUGCCAUCGCUUACUGGAACAGAAGAAACAAAAGUUGCAGGGUUACCUUAUGUUUUCACAGACAUCAUGACUUUCUUCACCAUGCUAGUAGGGAUCUAUUUUCCAUCGGUGACAGGUAUUAUGGCUGGUUCUAACAGAUCUGGUGACCUUAAGGAUGCUCAGAAAUCUAUUCCAACUGGAACAAUUUUGGCUAUUUCAACGACAUCCUUCAUUUAUCUGUCAUGCAUAGUCUUAUUUGGUGCCUGUAUAGAAGGCGUGAUAUUAAGAGAUAAGUUUGGAGAAGCAGUUAAUGGAAACCUAGUGAUUGGUACCUUGGCAUGGCCUUCCCCAUGGGUGAUUGUAAUUGGCUCAUUCUUUUCAACAUGUGGUGCUGGUCUUCAGAGUCUCACUGGUGCUCCCCGGCUGUUGCAGGCUAUUUCAAGAGAUGGCAUUGUCCCAUUUCUUCAUGUGUUUGGUCAUGGAAAAGCAAAUGGCGAACCAACCUGGGCUUUGCUUCUCACUGCUUGUAUUUGUGAGAUAGGAAUUCUCAUAGCCUCUCUGGACAGCGUAGCACCGAUUCUUUCAAUGUUUUUCCUCAUGUGCUAUAUGUUUGUGAACUUGGCCUGUGCAGUACAGACCCUUUUACGAACUCCAAACUGGAGACCUCGUUUCAAGUUUUACCACUGGACUCUCUCAUUCCUGGGGAUGAGUCUGUGUCUUGCCUUGAUGUUCAUCUGCUCUUGGUACUAUGCUUUGAUUGCUAUGGUGAUUGCUGGAUGUAUUUACAAAUACAUAGAAUAUAGAGGAGCUGAAAAAGAAUGGGGGGAUGGAAUCAGGGGGUUGUCCUUGAAUGCAGCUCGCUAUGCUUUGCUUCGGGUUGAAGCAGGACAUCCACACACCAAGAACUGGAGGCCUCAAGUCUUAGUUUUGUUGAAUUUGGAUUCAGAACAGCUGGUUAAGCACCCUAGAUUGCUUUCUUUCACCUCUCAGCUGAAGGCUGGUAAAGGAUUGACCAUUGUAGGAUCUGUCCUUCAAGGAAUAUACUUGGAUAAAUGUGUAGAAGUUCAAAAAGCUGAAGAGAAUGUUAAAUCCUUAAUGGCAAUAGAAAAAACAAAGGGAUUCUGCCAGAUUGUGGUGUCUCCAAAUUUGAGAGAUGGAGUCUCCCAUUUAAUUCAGUCUGCUGGUCUCGGAGGGAUGAAGCAUAAUACAGUCCUGAUGGCAUGGCCGCAGUCAUGGAAGCUCACAGAUAAUCCAUUUUCAUGGAAAAACUUUGUUGACACUGUACGUGAAACAACAGCAGCACAACAAGCUCUGUUGGUUGCCAAAAACAUUGAUUUGUUUCCAGCAAAUCAAGAGCGCUUUUCUGAAGGGCACAUAGAUGUGUGGUGGAUUGUUCAUGAUGGCGGGAUGCUGAUGUUGCUUCCUUUCCUGCUUCGACAGCACAAGGUUUGGAGAAAAUGUAAAAUGCGUAUUUUCACUGUAGCCCAGAUGGAUGACAACAGUAUUCAAAUGAAAAAGGAUCUUCAGAUGUUUUUGUAUCAUCUUCGAUUGAAUGCUGAGGUGGAAGUUGUUGAAAUGUUUGAAAAUGACAUUUCAGCAUUCACAUAUGAGAAAACACUUGUGAUGGAACAGCGAUCUCAGAUGUUAAAACAGAUGCAGUUGUCCAAGAAUGAAAGGGAAAGGGAGAUUCAGAGCAUCACUAAUGAGUCUCGAGGCUCAAUCAGAAGACAAAGGCACUUUAGUCCACAGUCCAUUGGUCAAGAUAAACAGGUUCUGGUGCCCAAUGACAAGCGAGAGGAUGAGGCUCAGCUAAUCCACGACAGAAAUACUGCAUCCCAUUCGGCAGCAGUUGUCCAAGCCAGUGCUGCUGCAGCUGCACCUGAAAGAGUGCAAAUGACCUGGACUAAAGAAAAGCUUGUUUCUGAAAAACAUAAAAACAAAGAAACAAAUCUGACAGGUUUUAAAGAUAUCUUCAACCUGAAGCCAGAAUGGGGAAAUCUGAAUCAGACAAAUGUCAGAAGAAUGCACACUGCUGUGAAGCUCAAUGGAGUAGUACUUAAUAAGUCACAAGAUGCCCAGCUAGUUUUACUGAACAUGCCUGGACCUCCAAAAAGCAAAAAAGGGGAUGAAAACUGUAUCCUAAACUGUACUGAUACAAUAUUGAUGUGAAACAUCAUUAUUACA